AUGCCCUUCACAGCGCACCCAAAUACAACUUCGUCAAGUAAUGACUGGAGUGAAAAGGAUGUCUUUGCCAUGAAAGUGAUGCGAAAGUCAUAUGGUAUUGUCGUCGCUCUCGUCGUCUCGCGCAUCCUUGGAGGAGCAGGCCAUCUCGGUGGAUUCCAGAGGGCUCGAAAAGUUGCAGGAGGUGAAGAUGAAAAAGGACAACGAGGGAUAUGGCGCCUCCUUGGGCUUUUCUACAGUGAUAAACGGCUAGGCGAUGGUUCCGCAGGCGAAGAACCCGAUAAGACAAUCGGCGUGCUGGAAGGUUAG